GUGCAGAUAAAUGCCACGUAUACUUGUUUUAUCGAUUACAUUUCAAACGGCAAUAGUGAAGAACCCAGAAUAAUUCAAAUAGUCCUCUACAUGACGUGACAACUGCCAUGAGUCGAAAACCCUCUUACAGGAACAUACAGAGGGAAUCUGAAGCUUUUGUAAAGUUCUUGAAAAAUGAAGAAAAUAAAAAUAAUGCAGAUAACAAAGACGAGGCUGACAAACAUGAAACUGAACAUGAAGAUAAGACAUACCAUACAGAUAUGUACAAAAGGGAUGAAAUGCGGACUAUGUAUGACUACAAGUUUGUUCAAAAAGGAAACGAACGAGUGGCUUUUCGCCAUGUUAUAAAGUAUUUAAAAGAUGUCAAGCUUGUUCACGAACUUGGUGACUACUUCUCCUUUGCUAAGGAUAUACAGGUAGUGUAUGAGAAGCUAAGAACCUCCGAUGAAUAUGUGAAGAUACUACAGAAAUGGAGGACACAGUCGACAGAAAACCCUUAUUUUUGUCAGAAUUGUGGCAUUGACUGCCAAACAGAAAUCAAUUUUGAACAGCACACAAUGGGGAACAGACACAGGAUUCACAAACUUCAAGCCGCUAUAUUUAACAAGAGCGAUGAACUUUUCAACAUUCCGAAAGGAGUUGUUCUGUACUCAAAUCCGACUGUAGUCGAUGGCGGGAAAAUGCAGGUGCAGUGUCGACCUGGUGAGCGUUUGUCCAUGACAAUAACCAUGGAAAACAUAUGUACCGAUGGUUCUGUCAUUGUGUUCACCAGGCAUUUAUUGCUUUGGGACACAGGAAUGUUUGAACUGCGGGAUCUUAGGAAGGGCGGACCUGUGUAUAGAAACUGCAAUAUCUAUCCAAAAGGUGCUGUAUCUAGACACAAUCGACAUAUGUACGAGAUGGCCAUCAACUGCAGUGCUCCAAGCGAUUAUGGCGAACAUUUUGUCCCUUUGGCUCUGUACUUUAAAAAGAAAACAAGUGCCGGAAAGCCUAUAGAGGAGGAUGGCUGGAAACAGGACUUUGUGCUUCGACUUCUCUCGCUGCAUGUUUUAGGUGAUUUACAUGAGGAGCUGAAACCACGCGCACCGUUCGCGUAUCCGAAACGAAUCCCUGACAAGAAUAUUAAGGAAUGGAUCCCUGGGGAAAAGAUCAAAGUGUUAAAGAAGAACGCAUUGACCUCUGGAACCAAGUUGCCUCCAGCCCGUAUACCCAAUAAAAUCAGAAGAUACGUGCAGAAGGAAGGGGGAGCCGCUCAAAGUAGACAAGUGGAAACGACACAACGUAGCGAGCUAAGGUCUAUGCUGGACUGCAGUUUGUCUAUUAAAACCUACACGGAGAGAAUGAAGAUACUGCUGUGGGUCGAGGAGAUACAGAUGGAGAUUGACAUCAAGAAUUAUGACCUGGUUGGGGUCGAGAUGAAAUUAGACAUGAAAACACAGUUGCUGAUCCUCGAGGUCCCUGGUUUAGCGGAACGAAGGCCGUCAGUGAUGAAUUGCGAUGCGAUCGAUAUUUUCAUCCAUGGAGAGUUAACUGUCUGCUAUACUGGCAUCGUACACAAGGUUGAAGAAACUACGGUUCACCUAGGUGUUAAUAGAAGACUUAUUAAGCGGUGGGUAGACAAGACACGGUUUGAUGUGAGGUUUAAUUUCUCUCGGACGAACUUGUGGUUACAACACAGAGCAGCGAGUAUGGGACCAUCGGUAUGGGAUGUCCUAUUUCCCUCGGCAACAUCGGAACAGGUCGAAUUCGGUACCGAGGUCACUGAAACAGUUGAGGAACGCGAACCCACGUGCUGCCAUUCCAAUGAAAGCAUUAGCACAGAUUCAUUGCCGACACAUCAUCCAACUAUUUUUAUUGACAAACCCGUACUACAUGGCAAGACGAAUCCAGAAUUCACCAUAUCACCAGAAGCUCGAAGGCAUACUAUUUCGGCACCAGUACCGCAAGUACCUAAACCAGGAAGAGAACAUAUUCAACUCAAACCUUGGUACGAUAAGAAAUUGAACGAAGAGCAGAAGGUAGCAGUGAGCAAUAUUGUGAAAGGAACCAGUCGACCAGCGCCAUAUAUGAUAUUUGGUCCACCGGGGACUGGCAAAACAGUGACAGUCACUGAGGCCAUACGACAAAUCUACCACUCGUCUCAAACGUCAAGGAUUCUUGUCUGCUGCCCGGAGAACACUGCCGCCGACAUUGUCAUGUUGAAACUGAUCAGCAAGAGCUUAUCAGGCACGGUGCAGUUAAAGGACAUUUAUAGACUGUGCGCCGUGUACAGACCGUUCGCCAGCAUACCUAGUGCCAUCAAGGACUCGAAGAUGUACAACUUUGACGACACGGAGGGAGAAUUCUUCUAUCCGUCAAGGCCUGAGCUGGAAAAAUACAGAAUUCUUAUUGUCACUCUAAGUACCAGCGGCAGACUGGUGUCAGCAUCUUUUGAGAAGAAUUUCUUCACACAUAUCUUCAUAGACGAGGGCGCACAUGCCAUAGAACCCGAGUGUAUAGUUCCUAUAACCGGACUCAUGGACGCCACAAAAAAGGACACAUGUCCCCAGCUGGUCAUUUCUGGAGACCCCAAACAACUGGGGCCUGUCCUUAGGUCUCGUUUCUCCCUCGAGUAUGGACUUGACUUGUCCAUAAUGGAGCGACUGAUGAGAGACUUUGAGCAAUACAAACGCAGAGACGACAAGGCUUAUAAUGUUCGUUACAUUACCAAACUCGUCCGUAACUACCGGUCCCAUGACGACAUAAUAAGCAUUCCCCGGCAACUGUUUUAUGACAAUGAGCUGAUAGCAUGCGGGGAUGAGAUGAUUCGCAAUGCCAUGCUUGGAUGGGAUGGUCUGCCUAACAAGAAGUUCCCCAUACUUUUCCAUUCAGUGUUUGGAAAAGACGAACGGGAAGAAGACAGUCCCUCUUUCUUCAAUAGAGAUGAGAUCGCACAAGUGGACAAAUACUUGAACAAGCUACUAAAGGAAAAGAAGAAGGGGCUACAGAUCAAACAGUCAGACAUUGGCAUCAUUUCUCCGUAUAGGAAACAGGUUCAAAAGUUGCGAGAGAUGAUUCACUUGAAGAAAUACAAUGUGAAGAAAGGGGAUAUAACGGUGAAGAAAGGGGAUAUAACGGUGGGGUCAGUGGAGGAGUUUCAAGGUCAAGAGUUCAAGGUCAUCAUUAUCUCCACUGUCAGGAGCAACAAGAGCUUGGCGUAUCGGGAUAUUGAUCUUCAAUUUAACCUUGGAUUCUUGAGGAAUCCCAAGCGAUUUAAUGUUGCCAUAACCAGAGCAAGGGCGUUGCUCAUCGUUGUUGGUAACCCGAUCACACUGGAGCAAGAUUCCCACUGGAAGAGGUUCAUCGACUUCUGCGAUAGGAACGGAGGGUUUUGUGGAUCACGGGGUCAGUUCGCCAAGAGUAAAGGUGGUAAAGGUGGGAACGUCAAAACCGAGACUUCAAAGUCUGCAGAAGAGAUCAAAGGUGAGAUGGACGAGAUAGGGGCCAGCUAUGUGGCACUGACUGAAGACCCCGAGUGGCCUGCGAGGAAUUAGAAGUGAUAUCUCAAUUGUUGAGAUAUAUUCCAGAUAGAAGAAGAUCCCUUUACUCUGCAUGAGUAUUUACAUGCGCAUGCAAUGUUUCCUUAUUUAUUAUUGGAGAGAAAUCUCUUUUUAAUAUGUGUGUCGCAUUCUUUAGCAGAUAUUUGUUGUUUUGUUUUUGUUAAAAUGAUUAGAUUCAGAAAAAUGUUAUAAUACCACCUUCCAUUCAUAUA